AUGGAUGAAUGUGGGAUGAAUGGCGGUUGAAUUAUACGAUACAGGCAAAAAAGUAACGGCGGUGCCCGCCCGUCAAUUGCGUUCAUCUUCUUCUUUUUUCUUAUUCAUUUGUUCUCUCUCUCAUCAUCUUGUAGUAGAAUGGUUUGGGGCGGACGGUCAAUUGUUAUUAUUUUUAUUUGUAUUUAUUUAUUUUUUAUGUACAUUUUCCAAUGUACAUUGUUUUAUCAGUGAUUGAAAGAGGAUAUUGAUAUUAUUACUAAUACAUUCAUACAUGUAAAACACAGCCAGCCAGUUUCAGAUUUAUACCAACAACAAAAAAAAAGAAAUAGAAAAGAAGAUAUUUCUCGGCUAACAUUGCAAAACCAUUUUUUUUAUCAGAAGUGAAAACCAAAAAAAAAGUAACCCUUUCCAGUUUAUUAGCCAAUUCUUGCAGGUCGUCUAGCUCGAGAUGAAAAACUUGGUUUGACAAUCCAUUCGGUGAACAAUGAAGAUGCCGGAAUUUGGCAAUGUGUCGUCACAAAAUUCUCAAAACAACCGACGAAACCAGAACGGGGAACAUCUAUCAAACUUGUUGUUAAUGGUAAUGAGAUAUGAGAAAAAAACAUGUGACUAGACUAUAGUUGUUUUUUUUAGUUUCACCAACGAUCACAUAUCCGGAACAUCGGCAGAGUAUUUAUAAAAAACAUGGGAGUGAUUUGAAUUUGGAAUGUCGUGCAGAAGGUGCACCUUCGCCAGAAAUCACAUGGUCCAGGGUUAGUUUGAGUCUCAGAAUCUGGUCGGACCUCAACAAAAAAAUCUAGGGCUUUUCCAAAAAAAACAAAUUUUAUCAUACAAAUUUUUGACACAAGCUUGAUCUCUCAUAAUCCCUCAAACUUUCAGAACGAUCAAAUCAUCAGCACAUCUCCAGUUCUGAAAUUAUCCGAUUUAUCCGAGUCAGACAAAGGACCUUACACAUGUCUUGCUGUAAACAUCGAGGGAAAUUCAACAUCAACCUUUGAUUUGAAAUUUACAAGUGAGUGGAUUUUCUAGGGUUGGAAAUCUCUGAAAUGAAAAUUCCAGAAGCCACAACUUUGGACCUAAUUCCAACAAAUAAAACAGUCGUCAAGGGCUCAAAUGUUUUCUGGCAUUGUCAUGCAAAUUCUCAACCUGGAACGAUUGUUUAUUCCUGGCUUUAUGAUAAAAAACCAAUCAAAACAACUUCAGCUGGUUUGAGAGCUAAUAUACGGGUAAGGCCUGAAGGCUUCUUUGAAUUUUUAUAUUUUUUCAAAAUCAAAACCCGUUUUUCAAUUCAGAAUGGCGAUCUAUCAUUGCAAGAUGUUCGAAAAACGGAUACUGGUUGGUAUAGUUGUGAAGCGCGUAAUCAAGACGGAGAAACAAGUAGCACGAUGGCUUUUUUACAAGUUCUUUGUAAGUCAUCAAUCAUCACUAGUUACUAUCCGAGAUAACCAAAAAGUGAAUCCGAAUCCGAUUCCAAAUCCUUACUCUCACUUUUUUUCUGCCGAUUAUCAUAUUACUCAAACGAGAGUGAGAAGAUGAUAAGAAUUUGGUUGUAUUUCCACUUUUUUUUUCUAUGUCAGGUUGUACUUUCAUGUAGUACAAAAAAACGAAACACUUUCACUUUGACAUAUUCUCAAAAAAAAAACAAAAGUUUUUUGUUCUCCGGAAAAUAGGGAUGUUUUUUUUUCUAGAUUCUCCUGAGCCUAAUGCUUCACAUCAACCAGUUCAAACAAUUGCAUCUGGCAAAAAUAUGACGCUUUCAUGUGAUGUUUCUGCAAAUCCUCCACCUUCUGUUUAUGUUUGGUCGAAAAAUGGGCAUUUUUUAUCGUCGAAAACUGAAGAUUCGAUAAAAAUCAUCAACGCGAAACCCGGAGAUAAUGGAAUUUAUGGGUGUCAGGCUGAAAAUAUUGCUGGAAAAGGCCCAAUUGUUGAGACACAUAUUAUUGUGGCAGGUCAGAACACUAGAAAAUUAAUCGGAAAAAUUUAUUGAAAUUUUUUAUAGAGCCACCAAUAUUCUCUGUUCAUCCACCAGCAGAGAUGAAAGUUCGACAAGGUGAAAAAUUAUCUAUCCCGUGUCAAGGUUUUGGUGAUCCUAUGCCUAUUGUGUACUGGGUUAGGAAUAAGGUAAAGUUUUCUUCAAAGUUAGGGAAACUCUAACUUUAAAGGAAUAUUUUUUGAAAAAUCGUAGAAUUUUUAAAAAUCUGUUUCAUCUUGAGGUUUAUAGGUUUGAAAUUUUUUAACAAAAAAAAUUUCGAAAAAAAUAUGUUUUUUUACUAAUCCAAAGAUAGCCUAACUCUUUGUAGAUGUUCGAAUUUUUCCCCAUCCUAUUUUUUCUAGAAACGUAUAAACCACUCAACUCUAAACUUCAAAUCAAUCGAUCAUUUCGAUCACGGAUUAUACGAAUGUAUAGUGGCAAAUUCAGUAGAAACAAUAGUCACAAAAAUGAUGUUAUUAGUUGAAAGCACUAAACCACAACCUUCCACCAUGGUCAAAUUCACAUGUGAAGGAAGUUCGACAAUGAAAAUCAGCUGGACUCCUGGUUAUAAUGGUGGAUACGAUCAAACAUUUGCAAUCCAUGCUCAAAAUGAGAUGAAUUCUCAAUGGGCUACUAUCAAAACAUCAAGAUCCGACGCAGUUUUGGAUCAUUUAGAACCUUUUAUUGCAUAUAAAAUCACGAUUGAGAGCUCGAAUGUAAAAGGAUCUACAAACUCUACAACUUUUAAUCGGAGAAGUGAGUCUGAUUUCUAAUAAUUUUUUCCUAAUUUUUCGUUUUCUCACAGGUUGCACUAGCUUACAUCCUCCAGACAAGGUAUAUUUCUGCGGGUAUAAUGAAAUAUGCUGGUCGAAUUCUGAAGGAGCAUCAUCUUACCGAAUCGAAAGUCUAACUGAACCAUCAAAGAAUUUCCAACAAGUUGCAGAAGUUUUUGAAAACUAUUUUAGAUUGGAUGAAAAACUUCCAACCAAUCGACCAACAAUGUUCAGAAUUCGAAGUAUUCGACCGACAUAUCCACCAAGUGAACCGAGUAAUCAACUCACUUUUGGGCAAUCUGGUGAGACUUGAUUAGGGAUUCUGAAUUUAAAAAAAUAUUUCAGAACAAAUCAAACUUCCACUAAUCAUGUUAAUGUCUGUAUUUGGAAUUUUCGCUUUAUUCAUCCUUGUUAUUUUUGUAUGGAAAUGCAUUGUGAAACGGAAUAAGAAUAAGAAAAAGAAGAGGAAGCCAAGCAGCACAGAUUCUAGAGAAUAUGGAAAAUUCACUUAUGGAAGUAGUAGUUCAAGUCAACCGGGGACUGAAACAUAUUAUGAGCCAUCUAUUAGAUUGUGAGUUUUAAACUAGAAAUGAAAAUAAAGCUUAAAAUUCUGGAAAAAAAAACAAAAAAACCUUUCUGAAAAUACUUUUUCUCUGAAGUUCAAAAGAACCUGAGCUUACCCUAAUUUUUUCAGAUUGGAUGAAAAUAGUGAAUGGCGUGCCCCACCAAGAGAAAUGGAACCAGUAUGUGUCAGAUACCCGGUUAGUUUAGCUCCCAAUUUCCCUCAUCUCAAAAUUUUUUUUCCAGUCUUUCCUUGAAUACGACGAUGAUAUUGGUGAUGAGAAUCCAAUCGAUGACAUGUUCAGAGAUCGAUAUAUUCUAAGUGUUCAAGAUCCAUCACCUCAACUCUAUCAAGAUCUUCGAUUGGAACGUUUGCGUCGAGAAUAUAAACAAUCACAAAUAUAA